AUGAGACUCUUCAAUCGAUUCUACGCCUUGUGCGCCUUAGCUGUAUGUAGCAUUCUGGUGUCAGCAUUGUUCCUCGCCUCGCAGCACUAUUAUCGCCGAGUAGUUCCGCCCCAUUUGGCGGCUACGGAGUUCCACGCUGCGGGCUCCUUUGAUCGGAGAUUGGUUGUCUUUGGUGAUUCGUGGAGCGACAACAAUGCAGGCGCGAUGCAGGGGUCGGUAUGGACCGAAUGGCUGUGCUCAAUGUACUCAUGUCACCAUGAAAACAUGGCGCAAACAGCAAAAUCUCUAAGAGGAAAUUACAUUGGCUCCGUUGUGGACAACGAGGAGCUCUCGGGCACCAUGCUCAAUCUGUACAAGACACCGCUGGCGGAUUUCAAGGCGCAAGUGAAACAAUGGACGACGGCGGAGAGAGCAGCCCUGCAGUCCUUGUCCGACGAGGCGAUCGCGUCCCGUCAAAAUAACACGAUUAUUGUUGUCUCGUUUGGAAUCUGGGACAUAUGGAACAUGAUCGGAAAGAGCUACGAAGAUUCGACUAGUGUGGUCGAUCAUAGUAUCCAGGUGAUCAUGGACCAGCUCAAUGUGCUCUCUCAGCUCUGGGUCACAAAUGACCUCAAAGUCAUUCUCACACUGACACCGGAUGUGACUUUCCUUCCGGCAUUUAAGCCGACAGCAGCCGAACAGCGCGUCAGUCGCUACAAAGACACGGUCAAGCUGACGGAGUAUUGGAAUCGCAAACUGCGUGAUGCCGCAGAACAAUGGGUGCAAGGCGUGGUCUACCUGUUCGACACCAACGCAUUUAUGGCAGACCUUAUCAAAGACUGGCAGCUCUUCGCUGCCGGGGUGGAGGAAUCCAACGGGCUUGGGAAAAAUCAGGAUCCGGGCUGGGUGAACGUUGAAGACGCAUGCGUCCAGACUGGCCAGCAAUGGGUAAUGGUCACCAAGGAGAAACAAUGUGAAAAUCCGGACAAGUACCUUUUCUGGUGA